AUGCCGAAAUCUUCACAGAACGCGAAAAAUAAAGUCGAUUCGAAUGGGGAUGAUGCAGUUAAUGACAAGCAUGACGGAUCUGAAGAUCAAGUAGCAAAAGAAGGAAAUAUAGAAAACAAGGCGAUCGAAAAGAAGAGUCAGCCGGUAAUAACUACGGAUGUUAUGCAUGGACAAAAACUUGAACAACCAAGCAAUGAAAAAUUGACUGCACCAGCUACAACAAAGGUGGAAGACACGGAUGUCGACGAUUUGGAGGCCAAAUUAAAAACACUACGGGUGUCAUAUGAAGAUCUGUUUCGAGCUAUUCGUGAUCUUCAUUCAGAGCAAAACUUUAAUGAUGCAGAUUAUAAACUCUUUUGUGAAUUACUAGACGAGAACUCAAAUUUUAAAAGUCAUAUCAACAAGCAUGUUCGCGACAAUAAGGCCAUCGAACCGUAUGAGUUAAAUCUUGAAGACAUUUGCUUACCUGGGACAACCUUUCAAGUAACAACGGAAAAUUAUAGUACAUUAUUUAGCACUGCCGUAUUCAACACUGCUGCUAUAUACGCAUGGGAGCUGCCAAUUACUAAUGCGUUCGUGACGAACUUGUGCAAGGAAUUAGAAAAAAAUGAUGGUGUAAAGGAUUAUCGCUAUUGGCUUCAUUUACAAUUCCAGGACACCCUCCGGGAAUAUGAAGAUUUGCAUGAAUUUCACUUUCUUUACAUCGGAAAAAAUGAUGGUAAGCGUUGCAAGGUUGGUACAAGACUCAAGGAAGAAUAUAACGGAAUAUUUAAUAAUAAGCCCAGCAAGAGUCAAAAUGCGUUAAGUUAUUUUCUGGAGGAUUUGUCACAAAACCGUGGCUAUCCUGCACGCGCGUGCUUGAUUUCCAAGAAAGGUACAUUACCCAUGGAACGUAUGGUUGGAAUGGUACUCAAUAUUAAACCAGGUAUAGAUUUCAAAAAGAAAGCAAAUGCAAUCAAUCGAAAAGGACUUGGUGUUAAAUAA